AAUCAAAUCCAUACCCAAUUGCCAUUCUCAUGCUUACACCAAUUUCAUCCAUUCUCUUAACUUUAUCCAUUCCUUAACUUUUCUUUGCUACCCCAUGUGCUAAAAGCAACUUCUCUUUUUAACAAAUUUUCAAAUUACACAUUUUUUCAUUUCUUUAUUACUUUAUCAAUCUCAUCAUAUAAUUGACAGCAAAAGCAAAUCUCACUUUUUUUCUUUCUCUAUCAAUAUUUUCUUCAAACAUCUCAUUCCAAACAGAAUAAUACAGAAUCAAAUGAAAAAAAAAUGAAGUCUUUUUUAGCUGUUAUUGAAGAAUUUCAUCCAUGGUUUCUUUUGGGACUCACCAAAACCAAGACCCUUCUUUGUGUAUGAUCAAAAUCACUUUUUUUCAUCAGAAAAACUGAUAAAGAUCAGAUUUUUAAGAAAAAGUUUGAAUUUUUUUGCUGAUUCUGUCAUGAAGGAGUUUCCUUCUUGUUUUGGAGAAAAUGGUGUUCAGGUUGCAGAUUCAUCUUCUUCAUCAUCAUCAUCAAGUACCAUAAGAGGACCACAAAAUGUUGUUACUUGUAUCUAUCAAUGUAAAUUAAGAGGUCGUUCAUGUUUGAUUACAGUUUCAUGGACAAAAAAUUUGAUGGGCCAAGGCUUAAGUGUUGGAAUUGAUGAAUUGGGUAAUCAUUGUUUAUGUAAGUUUGAUAUAAAGCCAUGGUUGUUUUCAAAAAGAAAAGGGUGUAAGAAUUUAGAAGUUGAAUCUAGUAAAAUUGUUAUACUUUGGGAUUUGAGUUAUGCUAAAUUUGGUUCUGGACCAGAACCUUUGGAAGGGUAUUAUUUAGUUGUUGUGUUCAACAAAAAGAUUGUGUUACUUUUAGGAGAUCUGAAAAAGGAAGCAUGUAAGAAGAUUGAUAGUGACAACAAUGUUGGUGUUUAUAAUUCUGAUGCAAUUUUUAUUGCAAAAAGAGAACAUAUUUUUGGGAAGAAAUUUUACUGUGCAAAAGCUCAAUUUUGUGACAAGGGUAAAGUACAUGAUGUGAGAAUUGAGUGUGAUACACUUGUUGGGACUAAUGAACCUUGUCUUGUGAUUAGAAUUGAUAGCAAGAUAAUGAUGCAGGUGAAGCAAUUGAAGUGGAAGUUUCGCGGUAAUCAAACUAUUUUGGUGGAUGGUUUACCAGUUGAAGUGUUUUGGGAUGUUCAUAAUUGGCUGUUUGGAAAUGCUACUGGAAAUGCAGUUUUCAUGUUUCAAACCUGUGUUUCAGCUGAUAAGUUGUGGUCUGGUCAAUCUGUUUCUGAUCCUUCUCUUCUGACUUGGGCUUAUUCUCAGCAGUUUAGAGAUUCUCAGUUGCAAGGUCUUGGAUUUUCUCUCAUUUUGUAUGCUUGGAAAAAUGAGUAGUUAGAUACAAGAGCUGAAUCUUAUUAUUGAGUAAUGAAGUGAUAUUUGAUUGCAAGAUACAGUUUUCAACAAUUAUGUGAUCAGAUUAUAUGAAACUGCUAAAUACUUCCCAUUUUUCUUCUCUUUGAUUAUAUUGCAUAUAUAUAUAUUCAAGCUCUAAAUUAGCCUUUUCUA